AUGUACCGAGCUUCGCACCUUCGGCUUCGCCCAUGUAUGCCGUCGUCAUGGUCGAUCAAAGCACCAGAGCUGCGCUGUGGUCGCCGCCGCCGCCGCCGCUGCUGCUGUCUCCCGCAUGGCACUCAACCGUGGAUGCAGCUGCUGCUUCUGAGUAUUGCCCUCUUUCUGCUGGGCGCCGUCGACCUCGCGCUGCCGUGCCGUCGCACCUCGUCGUUCUUCGCGAGGGCCGCAGGUGACGCUGACGCGGCCGCGCCACCGCUGCUGGCGAUCACCGAAACGGAGCUCAUCUCGGCUGACCUCGGGCACGAGAGCAUGAAGGUGAGUGCGUGGCGGGUUCAGCAGCAGGCGCCGUACAGCGGGACGACGGAGGGCGGCGAUGCAGCAGCAGCAGCGGCAACACGCACCGGGACCGUGACGAUGGUGCUUAACGAUCAGGCGAACCGAAAAAGUCCACCGUGCGUGGCGUUUCGGUACUUCCGCGACCCGACGGCGACCGCGGACAGCGGUGGCGUCGGCACGGACGCAAGCCCGAGUGGGCGCGUUGAUGGCGAGCGGCCCCCUGCGCAUCGUCCGCACACGGCACUGCAUCCACGCGGCUACCAGCUAGAGCGAACCUUUGCCGAGCAGGCUCAGGCACUGGCGCCGCGCUUUCCAGAGCAGGUUGUGUGCAGCGCAGCACAGCUGCUCGGCUGCACGGAAGCCUCCACAAAGGCGGCGACCGCGCCAUCCAUGGCAUGUGCGCUGACGCCGGCGCAGCUGACGACGGCAUACAGCUGUCAUGUGGUGCCCCUCACGGCACUACGAUUGACGGGCACAACCAGGGCGAACAGCGUGCAUGAGGCCCAGCAGCGGCAUGGCAACGUCGUCGGUCGUCAAGCUCUUGGCGUGUACGUGCCCUUCUACGCCACGAGUAACGCCCCUGGCCAGCAGCAGCGGCGGCGGCGGCUGGCAGACAACGACAGCACGGGGAUCGCUGGCACCGCCGCCGAGGACGACGACGACGAAGGGGAAGGGGCGCUCUUCUCAUCGGAGGAAAUCACGGCAAUGUUGCUCGGCCACGCGCGUCGCAUGGCCGAGAAGACCGACGCGGCCGAUAGGGCGCUCAGCGAAGAGGAUCAGCGGCUCUUGGCGGGCAUUCGGCAAAGCGCUGGCCGCGUUGAUGCCACCGCAGGAGAGACGCGCGCAUCUGCCGCCAUCCGCUACGCUGCGCUGACCGUGCCCGCCCACGCCACCGUCGCGCAGCGGCAGGCGCUCGUGGAUGCGGCGGCUCUGGCCGGCUUGCGUGUGGUGCGCCUCGUCCACAGCACGACCGGGGCAGCGGUGCAACUGGCGUACUUGAAGGCGGAGCAGGUGCUGAAGGCGGACAAGGUGCAGUACGUCAUGAUCUACGACAUGGGCAGCCAGCACACCGAGGUGGCCAUCUACGGUCUCGCGGCGCCGCCGGCGGCCGUCGCGAGUCGAGUAAAACUGAACGGUGACGUGGAGAUGCAGGCGCUUGUCGGCAGUCGCACGCUGGGCGGCGCCGCCUUCGACGAGUGCAUCGCCAGCCACUGGGACGAGCGGUACUUCGGCCGGCGCGUGAUGAACGGUGUCCUCGCGACCGCGGGCGGCCGUGAUGCGGCGCGCCUUGAGGCAGCGAAGGAGCGCGGCAGCCUCCUGCGUGCUGCCCAGCGUGCGAAGGAAAUGUUGUCAGCCAACAAGGAUGCGCACGUCACCAUCGACGGUGUCCGCGCCGGUCCGUCAAACUUUGACGCCGUGGGGCGGCAGGAGCUACAGCAGCGCCACGUCACUGUCACGGCGGACGGCGGCCUGCUGAGCCUCCGCCUCACGCGCGCAGACUUUGAGGAGUGGUGCCGGCCCCUUUUCGACGCCGCCGUGGCGCUGCGAGACGAGGCCAUUGCCGCCACCGGCGGCCUCGUCAAGAGCCUCGGUGCGCUCGACCGUUUCGAGGUCAUCGGUGGCGGGACGCGAGUGCCGCGGCUGCUGCAGCGCCUCGGCGAGGGCUAUCGCAGCGGCGUCGUGGAUCGCACCCUAAAUAGUAACGAGGCGGCCGUCAUGGGCACGACACUGCUCGCCGUGUCGAGCGCGCCGCGGGCGCUUGGGCUGCACCUCGUCCAGACUCUGCCGCGUUACCACGUGCGCGAGUGGCUGAACAGCGCCGUCUACGCCUCGACGGAGCUGCACAGCACAGGGACCGUAGCGGCAGCAGCGUCAUCGGAGGUGCAGCUCCUGUUCGCUGCACGGAAAACAACCCUUCCGGCGACGCGCAGUCUGCGUGUGCAACUGCCGGAUAUGAAAGUGGAACCGGCCGACAGCGUCGUCAUCACCUUGUACUCGGGUCCCGAGGCAGACAGCGCCUACGCCCACAGCACGCGCUCCGACGCGGCUGUCACGGCGGGGUCGGCGCGCGCUGCUGCCUCAGCUACGUCGAUGGCAAACUGCACCAGCUGCUACGUGCGCACCUGCACCGUGGGGGGUGUCCGCAAGGCCGCGGAGCAGCUGCUCGCGCAGCACACCCAGAAGACCCCGCACGGCAGUGCGAGGCCACGCCAUCAGCACGUUCGCCUGGCCGGUCCGGAGGUGGUCGUCGAGGUGGUCGCCACCGUCAGUGGGAUCCCGCACUGCAGCGUUGCCUACCUGCGUGCUGAGGUGGAGGUAGCGGAGGUGGGCCCCAAUGCUGCAGCGGACGUCCAGGGCAGCAACGCUGCCGCAGGGGCAGCGGCAGAGGCGUCUUUACCGGACCCCCAUCACGGCGGCACAGCCGCUGGCGUGCCACCAGCCACGCAGCAUGACGAACACGUGAUGAACGCCAGCGAGGAAGAAGUGCAGCACACCGGUGCACGCGUGACCGCGGAGGGGACCGCCGACCCCGCCACUGUCGACGCGACCGCGACGCCGACUCCUCCGUCGCACGAGUCGCAGCCGCAGCCGCAGGUGCAGGUGCAGGUGCGCGUCAUGGCACUCGCUCUGCGUGUAUCGAGCGGCGCCGCGACGGAUGGCGCAGCGGUGCACGGACUAGGCUAUAACAUGGACCUUGCAGAACUCGUCUUCUCGCACCGGCGGGUGCGGCAGCUGCAAGCACUCGACGAUGUGCGGCUGCGGUGCAGCACUCUGCGCAACGAGAUUGAGAGUGUGCUCGUGUGGAUCAAGGAGCACAACCCCACGUGGGACGCUGACGAUGUGCAGGGCGACGCGUCCCCGUCGUCUCUUGCCCUGCGGACGUGGCGCACCACCGUUCGUGAGGUAGGCGAGUGGCUCGACAAUGUCGGCGACACCGCGAGCGCCACCACGCUUGAGGAGCGUCUGCGCAUCAUUACCGGUGUCAAGACAGCCUUGCGUGAGGCGGCGUGA